AGGAGCUGUUGUCGUAUAUAAAAGCAGAGAUUUUCCCAAAGACUCUGACACGACCGCGGACACACACAGGACCUGCCAUCACCUGCUGGGACAUAUGCCUGGGUCACUCCAGUCCCAGGACAGCCCAGACAACAACCUGAGGUACAACGUUCCCUCCUGGCUAGGACACUCCCCAAACAUUCACACUACGCAGCACUUCUUGCAGCUGCAGCCCCUGAUGUCCGACUUGGAGGCAGAGGCAGGAGGGGGGCCUGAGGGGAGCCCGGCCCAGGGAGAGAAGCCCCCGGCUGGGCAGGCCUGGCGCAGGGCCUGGGGACACAUCCUCCAGGGAGUGUCCUACUUUUCAGGAGACAUGGAGGCCUUCGGGGAGUGGAUGAAGAAUCAGUUCUUCCUGCUGCAGCUGUGUGACUGGGUGCUUCGUGGGGCUGCCCAGGUGAUGUUUGUGAACAACCCCCUGAGCGGGGUGAUCAUCUUCGCGGGGCUCGCCUUGCAGAACCCCUGGUGGGCUCUCAACGGCUUCACCGGGACUUUGUUCGCCACCAUCUCUGCUCUCAUACUCAGACAGAACAGGGGGGCUAUCUCUGCAGGUCUGUAUGGGUAUAACGGGAUCCUGGUGGGCCUGCUGAUGGCUGUGUUCUCCAACGCAGGAAACUGGUACUGGUGGCUACUGCUGCCCAACAUCUUCAUGUCCAUGGCCUGUCCUAUCUUGUCUAGUGCCUUGGCUUCCAUAAACAGUCGCUGGGACCUGCCUGUGUUCACUCUGCCCUUCAACAUCCUGGUGUGUCUGCACAUGGUGGCCACCGGCCACUACAACCAUCACUUCCCCCAGGUGCUUAUCCAGCCUCGCUCCCAGCUGGCCAACAUAUCCUGGGACCAGCUGGACGUGGCCAAGCUCUUCAGAGCAGUGCCUGUGGGGAUCGGUCAGGUGUAUGGCUGUGAUAACCCCUGGACUGGAGGGCUCUUCAUCCUCUCCCUGGUCAUCUCCUCACCCAUCACCUGCGCUCAUGCUGUCAUAGGGUCCGCAGUGGGCAUGGUCUCAGGCCUGGCCCUGGCGGCUCCGUUUGAGGACAUUUACUUCGGCCUGUGGGGGUACAACUGUGUCCUGGCCUGCAUCGCCAUCGGAGGCAUGUUCUACGGUCUGACAUGGCAGGUCCACCUGCUGGCCGUCACCUGUGCUUUCUUCUGCGCCUACUUGGGCUCAGCCAUUGCUAACAUCAUGUCCAGGUUCGGGCUCCCAGCAUGCACCUGGCCUUUCUGUCUGUCGGCUCUGACCUUCCUGCUCCUCACCACGGAGUCGAGCAGCAUCUUCAAGCUGCCGCUGGCCAAUGUGACGUACCCGGAGAAGAACCUGGGCUUCUUCUGGAGGCUCCGCAAGACCGAGAGGAUGGAGAGGGAGGAGAAGGAGAGAGAGAAAGAGCGAGAGUCGAAGGAGAGAGAGAAAGAGGAGAAGCAGAGAGAGAAAGAGAGAGAGGAGAAGGAGAGAGAGAAAGAGAGAGAGGAGAAGCAGAUAGAGAAAGAGAGAGAGGAGAAGCAGAUAGAGGAGAGGGAAGAAGAGGAGAGAAAGGAGGAGAGAGAGAAGGAGGAACUCUGUUUUGAGAUGGAGAUGUUGGAGGAAGGGAGGAGCAGGGAGGAGGGUGGGGAGGAGGGUGGGGAGGGAGACAAUGAACUCAGCGACAAGCAGGCACCCGAAACAGAUCGGAAUAAAGAUUACUGCACUACAUGUCAGAUAUACACACACACACACACACACAGUGUCAGUGAGUAUGUGUGUGAGAGAGAGCAGUGAUAACCUAUAGUAACCUAGAAAGAAGUCUACACAGUAGGACAUAUCACACAUUGUCUUUCUGAAAUGCUACCAUCAGUGAAUCUAUCAUUUUACUGUGUGAUAUAUGAAGGAGACAUACAUUAAAAGUUUAUAUUUUUUCUAAAACA